CGCAAGGAUAUAUAUUUGUCCGGUUCGUGGAUAGAUCGCAGGGCUACUCGCUGAUUCCUGAAAAUGAGCUCCAACUUAUCGACAGAGAAUGCCACAUUGGGGAUAUUGUCAAAUGCCAAGCACACGAUGCCAUGUGUGGCAGAGUACUAAGUUGCCGGACCAAAUACACCCUGGAGCCUGUCGCGUCUCUCCCCAGCAACUCACUAACAGAGGAACAUGGCCCGCUUAGAUUCAAGGAUAAGCCGAAGUGUCUCAGCUCUAACAUAAUGCCACCGAUGGACGAACUACAAUCUAACUUGCUACAUGAUGUUGUCGUCUCCGACAUUGAGUCUCAUGAGCCAUUCGCCGUGGGAGACCACAUCAUAUACCAGCAGAAGCUUGGGGUCAUCCGGCAUGUUGAUCGAGAUCCUGUGUUUUUGACGAGGCAAAGCGAGGUCGUCACCCUCUACAAUCCAUUGAACGUCGAAUGUCCAACUUGGGUCGACCCUGAAAGGCUGCUGUGGAUGCCACGCGGUGGAGAGAUCACUAAACAGUCAGAGGUUGCUGGAGCUGAGAUAGUAUACAAGGACCCUGGUCAAGUCUAUCCUGGCCGAGCUGCCUUGGUCGAUGCCGCGAACAUGUGCGAGGUCUAUGGUGCUCGUACCAAGAACCCAAUUCGUGGUCGUCAGCAUGUCUGCACGUUGGCUACACCAGCUUCACAGUACCAUGUCAAGUGGAUGAUGCCAAAUGCGUUCGGGAUUGGAAUAGACAAAGACACAGUCACUGGGGGGACGGAGAUAAUCAGAGCAUCUUUGUUCAAGAAAUAUGCAGUCAAGUGUGACUUCGGCCGGGCCCCGACGAACAUGUCUAUGGGCGUGGUUCAAGAGGUGGAUAGUCGAGAGCGAGUAGCAUAUGUUCGAUGGUACGACGACGCUACUGUUGAGCUCCCGCUACACGGAUACUGUCUAAACCACGAAUACACUCGACUGGGAGCCUUGAACACCAAGAGAACUCCAGUAUCGCUCUAUGAGCUCGCCUCUUUCCCUGCCCUGCCUCUCCGGGUAAGCCCUGCGGCUGGCAAUGGCGCCGAUCAUUCGAGCCAUGCACCUUCCAAGCACUUCGAUGCUAUACGGAGCUACCUCGAGAAAUCAAAGAGAGACGUCGUUCGUACUGCGUGGUUCAAGAGCACAAUCGCAGUUGACAACUCUCCGGCACCUACACGCCUCAGUAUUCACUACGAAGACUUCUGCGCAAGGUUGCAUGCGAACUUCAUCGGGAUGAUCAUGAAACCAAACACCGAUGGCACCGUCACGGUGCGGUUGACUCACGGAGAUUCAUGUGUGGAUAUUGAGAUGCCAACGGAGAGAAUCUUGUUGUCAUAUCCUUGUGAGUGUGAAGAAAUGCAUCCUGAUGGGUCGGCUCCGAACGACGAGUCAGAAGAUCUCGACACGGAUGAUACCGAUAAUGAAGACACUGAUGACGAUGAUGAUGAUGCCAACUGCCACGGAGUAUCCCAUGGGAAAGAGGCAGGGCGUACACACACUUCGAAAGAUGCACUGGAACACAUUGAGGACUUCCCGUAUUACCAUGUCACAAUGGCAGAUGCUGAAGGAGACAUGGAAAUGAGUGGAACAGAACCCUCCGGAUCAUCGGCUCCUCCAGCGUUCCUCGUACUCGAGGGACCCCCUCCCUCUGAUCAUCAUUUCAUCUCGAGUGAGCCCGCGGGGAAUUCCAGCUUGAGUAUCAAGCGCAUACAAAAGGAAUGGAGGGUCCUCAAUACAUCUCUUCCUGCUGGCAUCUAUGUCCGUUCAUGGGAGUCACGCGUGGAUCUCAUCAGGACUCUGAUUGUUGGGCCUGCGGGCACUCCGUACGAGCAUGCGCCUUUUGUGAUCGACUUCCACCUCACGGAUCAAUUCCCAAGCAAGCCCCCGGCUGCUUUCUUUCACUACUGGUCCAUCACCGAGGCAGAAAUCAAUCCUAAUCUGCACCUCGACGGCCAGGUUUGCCUUAGUCUGUUGGGCACAUGGCCUGCACAGAACCCAAAUGAGGUUUGGUCUUCUUCCAAGUCUACGCUUCUCCAGAUCAUGGUUUCAAUCAUGGGCUUGGUCCUGGUCAAACGUCCGUUUUAUAAUGAGCCUGGCUUCGAAACCCUUGCUAUAGACGAGGAGAAGCGGAUCGACUCGAUUCAAUACACCGAGCGAGCAUUCCUUCUGACGCGGAAGUUGAUGGUACAAGCUCUGGCAAACGAGGUGUCUGGCUUCGAUGAUGUUACCUCGUGGCUAUAUUUCCCCGGGCCCACGACCGCGCUGAACAUGAAUCGCCCUCAUCUGAUCCGUCGAGCCAUCGAUGAUGCGCUGGCAAUGAUUGAGCAUCACCACCGCACCUCCGCGGGCCAAGACUCAGCUGUCGGAGAAGCUUCUGCAUACAUGUCGCGGCUCAGCCUUGGGGCAGUGCUCUUCGGGAUCAUUGUGGACAUGAGCCUGAACUAUGAUCUGUAAGAGCACCUCGUAUUUGUGGAGACCCGGCUGGAGUAGGUUCUCAGGUUCUCAUGUUCUCAGUGAUGUUUGUUGUUGAUGAAAUCUGAUGUAUGUACGAGUCAAGCCCGUGCUCAUGGUUGAUUUUUGAGGCAACAAUGGGUGCGAUAGGCAGCGAUAGGCGACAUCUGAUUAGCAAUGGUAUCUAGAAAUUGAACUGCUACUUUGGAAG